UGCUAUGUAUAUUGUAUAUAUGUAUUUUUUUGUAUUUUGUUGUGUUUCCGUGAAAUAAGUUAGUGUUAGUGUGCAGACGAUAUCGACGGGAGGUGUGCGAGUGGUGGCGACUCUUCUCUCUCUCUCUCUCCAACACUGCUCACUCACCCGCAACACUGCUCAUACACCUGCACAAUGGCCCAGCACACCUGCAACACCCUGCUGUGGCUGGUGGCCCUGGCACUAGUGAUGCAUCUGGCUGGGGCCAUGAAUGCUAAGGGCUGUACGCCCCUAGACUCGUGGACCUUCGAUAAGAUUAUUCCCAAGUUCCAUGCUGCUGUUGUGAAGUUUGACAUAGCCUAUCCUUAUGGCAAGAAACAUGAGGAAUAUACCAAACUGUCAGCAGCAGGAAGGGGCUCACCAGAGCUCCUCGUAGCAGAAGUUGGUGUCAAGGAUUAUGGUGACAUGGAAAACAUGGAUCUUGCUGAAAGAUUUGGAGUGGUAAAGGAUGAUUUUCCUAAGGUAAAACUUUUUGUAAGUGGUAAAGAUGACCCCAUAGACUUUGAUGGGGAGUUUAAUAGUGAAGAGUUGAAGAAAUUUAUUCGUCGCCACUCGGAAGUUUACAUUGGUCUAGAAGGGUGCCUUGAAGCCUUCGAUCGUAUUGUGGAUCGUUUUAUGAUCACUGAAAAUCUGAGCGAUAAAAAGGCACUUCUCAGAAAGGCUGAGGAUGAAUGGGACAAGUUUAAAAGCCCAUCAGAUCAACAGAUUGCAGAAACUUAUGUGAAGAUUAUGAGGAAGGUCCUCGAAAGAGGCGGUGACUUUAUUGCUCAUGAAAAAACUAGAGUAGAAGGUCUGAUGAAUGGACGAAUUACAAAAGAGAAGAAAGAAGAGAUGCAAGGACGGCUAAAUAUACUUAAAUCUUUUGCUCGUGAUGAAUUGUGAGCAGCUACAACUUGGAACUGACAGUGUUUAAGGUUUCUAUGUAGCAACAAGCAAUUAGUCUUUAGUGUGAAUUGGAAUAUGGAAACUUAGAGGUUGUCAGAAUGUCUUGUUGUUCAUGUCCUGAUGAAUGUAACUUUGCUAAAGAUUUUAUGUUAAUAUAUUUGUUUUAUGUAAAUGUAGUCAUUGUUAUGUUAAUUUAAAUUGUUAGGCAGUAACUAAAGUCUUGUUUAUCAUUUCACAAUACUGUAAAAGUCAUUUAUAGAUUCUCAACAAAAAUAUUUAAUUUUCAAAUGAUGGUCUGGACAUGAAAUUCUUAUAUUUCAAGGGCUGUACCAUUGUAGGGAAACACAAAGCAGAGUAUUUGAACCCUAUUAGUUUCCUGUUAGUCUCUCAUGUCACAAUUCAGUCAAGUUGUUCAAGACAGCAUCUUGGAUGGCUUUUGACUAGUAAUGCAAUACUUUAUCGAGAGUGCUGCUGAUGGUGCUUCGCUAUUGUGUUAUUAGAUGCACAGAAGUAGGAAAUGUCUGGAAUAGAGGUUUUUUUUAUUUAUAUUUAUCUGGUAAGUAUAUGUAUUCAGGUAUAACACCACUGGGAUUCUCUUACAGGUAUGGUAUUCAACUUGUACUGGUAUUUUCCUGUGGAUAUGGGACCCUAAAUAAAUUAAUCUAUUAGUCCACAAUUUUUCCACCCUUCACAUGUGUUUUGUAUAACAUAGAUUCUAUAGUCUUUUGGGAAAGAUGAUUUAAUAAGAAUUAGCCGAGCAGGUGCCACCCUCUCCCCAUACCCACAUUAAAAAAUAUAUAUUAGAUGAUAUAAUUCCACCAUAUCAAAUGCAAACCUGUUUAGAUAACUAAGCAUGUAGACAGGAACUUUAUUGUACAAGAGUUGAGAAAGCUUUUAGCGAGUAUAAUGUAUUCUACAAUAAAGUACGUUUCCCAAUACUGUUUCUUUAUAAAUUUGAGGAGCUGAUCUACAAUUAAAAAUGCAGAACAAAAAUUAAUUCCUUAAAUACAAUAUAAAGGAUUUCUACUGUGUUUUAAUUUGUAUUUUGUAUUGAUUGGUUUUCUUAUAUCAAAAUUCAAAUGGAAUGUACAUCAAAAUUCUACAUGAUUCUGAUUUUAAUUUAUUUAUUUUAAUGAUAAUAUUUUAUUUAUAAGAUGGGAUCAUAGGAUCAGAUUAAAGUGGUUACUUAGUAGAUAAAUAUUUAUGUAGAUUAUAAAAAUAAUAAUUACAUAAAUAUUCUGGCCAUGUUUUUACUGUACCAAUAAAUAAAGCAAGCAGAAUAUUAUUUAUGUAACAUAGGUCUAGUUGGUGCCAAUGACAAUUGUGUAAUGAUUGGUGGCAAUAUGACAAGUCUAAUGACUGGUAGCUAUAUGACAUGGUCUAACACACUGGUGGCAAUAUGUUUGGUCAAAUGGACUGGUGGCAGUUUGACAUGGUCUAAUGGACUGGUGGCAGUUUGACAUGGUCUAAUGGACUGGUGGCAGUUUGACAUGGUCUAAUGGACUGGUGGCAGUUUGACAUGGUCAAAUGGACUGGUGGCAGUUUGACAUGGUCUAAUGGACUGGUGGCAGUUUGACAUGGUCAAAUGGACUGGUGGCAGUUUGACAUGGUCUAAUGGACUGGUGGCAGUUUGACAUGGAAUAACAGACUGGUGGUAGUUUAACAUGGUUCUAAUUGGCUGGUCACGAUAUAAUGUUACUUUAUGAUCAAUAACCAUUGCAGUUGCCUGUGUAGUUUUCCAUUCAUAGCUGUAUAAUGUUAAUUUUGUUUAGAUUACAUCUUCAUGGUGAUUUUUUACAUUUCAUAAAAUAACUACUGUACUGUAUGGUUGACUUUGAUAGAUAUUUUUUCAGUAAUUGAUGCAGUAAUUUGUUAAGGCAUGAUAUAAAUAUUACAUGCUGAUGUCGUAAUUGUUCCAGUAUUGUAUAGCUAAAAUUUGGCCCACCAUUAAUCAACCUUGACUAUCCUAGUGCCUGGUUGUAGUGCCAAAAUUUCUUGUCUCUUUUGAAUGCCUUAUUUAAUUUAUCUGUAAUAGAUUAAAAUACUGUCCAUGGAAUACUUUGUCUCCUGUCAUAUAUUUCUAUAUUUCUACUGCUUAAAAUUAUUUAAGUGAUAAGGAGGCAAAAAAAAAAAAAAAAGGUGAUCACUAGUCACUGAAUGAUUAACAUAACAAAGGUAGACAAACUUUGCUGUAUGUGAUUUAUGCAGUUGAACUAAAGAGUGGUGUAUGUCAAUAUGGAGAUUCAAGAUGAUUCAUGCCUAAUAUAUUCACUUGUAUCUGAAAUUUCUCUAUGGUACUGCAAUGUUGUACCAUCUUAAAUGGUGCUACAUAAUCUACCCAGCUUGGCACCUUCUUUUGAUAAUUACUUAUUAUACCAUCUUAAACUGGCUGAAAAGAAGGUAAAUUAUCUUGCCUUAGAGUAAAACAUAGUACAGUACUGUAUAUGUAUUUAUCUUGAAACAUUUUGGUUAUGUUUGUUAUUCCUCAUUCAAGCACAAGUGUAGCACUGCUCAGACUGUACACUAUGCUCUUAAGUAUUCAAUGUUAUAUGAAUAGAUACAGUUUCUUAAAAUGGUUUUCAACAUUUAGUGUGUAGUGUGUUCUUUACAAGGCAUUUGAUGCACAUAAAACAGCAGGUUAAUUGUAGUUGAAGUGGGAGCCAAGGUAUAAGGAAAGAAACCUAGAAUAAAACUGUUUGUAUAAAGGCCAACACAAAAACAACAACAUUCUGUUCACUGUAUUAGGUUUUUUGUGAAAUAACAUGAAAUUUUAGUAUGGCUGCAUGUUUAUGCUAGCUUCAGUCAUUGACUCAACUGAAUUAAUUCAGUUUCAUUCCUGAUGAGGACAAGACAUCUGCACAUAUUUCCUUACACAUAAUUUCCCCCUGAUCACCUAGUAGUAAAUAGGUACCCGAGAGUUAGUUGUGGGCUGCAUCCUUGGGAAGGUCAGUCGUUAGCGUAGUGGGACCUCGAUAAACCUAACAGACUUGUUUAUUAAGGUACACAAAAUAUAGCUAUUCAGUUCCGUUCUCGGAUUAUAAUCGAUGUAAAUCCUAGAAUGUUUUGUUAAGAUCCAUAUCACCUUGAUAGAUGACCAAGAUCAGUAAAGAAUUUAAUUUACACUGAAUACUGCACUAAAGCAAGAAACAUCUCAUGCUGAAAGAUUAAAUUCCUGUAUUUUAUAACUUAAUUUCAUGGGUUGCCUUGUGCAACUGAGUACAUCUAAAUGUUUGGGGCAGUUGACUACAGUUAUUGAGCAAGAUUGCAAGAUAGUUGCUCAGUAAAUGAUAGAGGAUUAGGUGAAUAGAAGUGAUUGCCAGAUACUGUUCUGUAUGUAUGUUCAUUAUUGUGUUUUAGUUCUGAAUGUUAGCAGUCAUGCAACCUUGCAAGAGUUGCAUAAAUGUAAGCAUGAAUAAACAGAGGAAUGUAUUUCAACAUUGUACACGACUCAGAUUUUAAUUUAUUUUAAUAAUCAUUUAUUUAUAAGAUAUACAAAGGAUCUGAUUAAAGUGGUUACUGAGUAGAUAAAUAUUUAUGUAGAUUAUAAAAAUACUAAUUACAUAAACAGUCAUAUUCAUAUACAGUAUAUUUAUAAUCAUGGGAAAAGUCUGUGUGUGUUCACACUUUUGGAUGUCCACACACGAAGCUCAGAGUUCCAUCAUCCACAAUGCUAGACAGUGGCUGUGAAUCAAAUGCAGGUGUAGUAUUUAUUCAAUGUUCAUUUUGUACCUAUCAUAUUUUACAUGCAAUGGUAGCAUAAAAGAUCUUAUAAAAACCUAAUUGUAACUUAAAAAAAUCAUACAAAAACAUAAUUUGAACUUACUAAAAUGUUAUAAAAGUCCCUUGCAAUCUGUGUGUACUCUAAUUGCUUGCCUUUGAGCCAAGACCAUAGUGUAAAUGGAAGUCCUUAGUACAUAUUCUCUAUGCUCCCAUGCUCGGUUAAGAAAGGAUGCCUCAGAUGCCUCUUAAUGCUAUGCUACCUCAUAAUGCUUAAUGCUACCUAAACAUCAGACAGCUGUCCCUAACGUUAUCACCACCACUUUAUCCUGUUAUCCAUUGUUAGAGAUACAGUACUGUACAUUUAAUUUGACCUCGGCUUUAAAUAUUAUCUGGAUGCAGGUAGACAAUCCAUAUCCAUGAUUAAAAUACUGUACUGUGAAAGACUUUGCUUUGGUUCUCAGGUUGGUUAUUUGGUAAUGGGAUUUAUUAAUUAAAAUACCUGUGAUGCUUUAAUAGCACUGUCAUUGGUGGUGGGUAAUAAGAAUGUUUGGAAACUGUUGUGUGGAUGAUGCAAGACUACUGUAACAGUAUUUAGUUAAUUUGAACUUUGUUUAGUUCAUACUGUAUGUACCUAUAUUGCCGUCAUGAAACUUAUUAUUUUCUUACAUCACUAGCACGUGUCUCCAGUUUCUAUUUUAUAGAAUAAGCAAAUACAACUUGUGGCAAGAAAA